AUGGAACUUACAAUGGAGAAUCUAGGGAACCUCCAUAGUGUGUCCCACUCACAAGCUGGGGAGUUAAUGAGCUCCUCUCACAGUAGGCAAGCUUCCCACAGAAAUCUGGUGUCCCAUGGUCGACCUGCUAUGGUGACAAGCAUGGCUUCUAUUCUGGAUGGAACGGAAUACAGACCUGAGCAUACACUAGCAGGUCCCCUGCAUCCAGCUAUGAACAUGUCUUGUGAGUCCCCGUCUGGCAUGAGUCUAAGCAGCACCUAUACUACGCUUACCCCACUUCAGCAUCUACCACCUAUUUCCACUGUGUCCGACAAGUUUCACCAUCCUCAUCACCACCACCACCAUCAUCAUCACCAGAGGCUUACUGGCAACGUAAGUGGGAGCUUCACCUUGAUGAGGGAUGAGAGAAGCUUGGCAUCAAUGGGCAAUAUCUAUAGCCACUACCCGAAGGACAUGGCAAGCAUGGGUCAACAAUUAUCUCCUCUAUCCAACGGCUUGGGUACUUUGCACAACUCACAGCAAUCACUGGGCCACUAUGGCCACGGAGGACAUUUAAGCAAUGACAAAAUGCUGUCACCCAACAGCUUUGAUUCUCAUGCUGCCAUGCUGUCCAGGAGCGAGGACCACCUGGCUAGGGGCCUGGGUGCCCCAGGACCUGGUAUGAUGCCUCAUUUGAAUGGAAUGCAUCCACAUGGGCACCACCAUGCCUCAUCCAAUGGCUCCAUCCUUGGUGACAGGGAAAGACAAGCAUCCGCCUCUGGGUCACAGACAGGGGGAAAUGGGCAAGUAGAGGAAAUAAACACCAAAGAGGUUGCACAAAGGAUCACAGCCGAGUUAAAGAGGUACAGCAUUCCACAGGCCAUAUUUGCCCAGAGGAUCUUGUGCAGGUCUCAGGGUACCCUGUCCGAUCUCCUGAGGAAUCCUAAGCCCUGGAGUAAGCUUAAAUCUGGACGGGAGACGUUUAGGAGGAUGUGGAAGUGGCUUCAGGAACCUGAAUUCCAGAGAAUGUCUGCUCUAAGGCUGGCAGCUUGUAAACGCAAAGAGCAAGAACAGCAAAAAGACCGCAACCUUCAGCCCAAGAAGCAGAGGCUAGUAUUCACAGAUCUUCAACGACGCACCCUGAUUGCCAUCUUUAAGGAGAACAAACGUCCUUCCAAGGAGAUGCAGAUCACAAUCUCUCAACAGUUGGGCCUAGAGCUCAACACCGUCAGUAACUUCUUCAUGAACGCACGUCGGCGGUGCAUGAACCGGUGGCAAGAAGAGCCAACAGUUAAUCCUGGGAUUCCUUCAGCAUCCACAAGCACUUUCUCCAAAGCAUGA